ACCGGUCCGUCCCUCCAGUCGGCUUCUCUCCGCUGAGCCGGGCAGGUGUGACUUCGCCUCAGCCGCAGCGAAACUCGGGAAUGCCCCGCCAUGUUCGACCUAAACGGAGGCUGGAACCUGUCUUUCGCCGGGUGUGGGUUCCUGGGGAUUUACCACAUCGGAGUUGCCAGCUGUCUACUGGAGAAAGCGCCGUACCUCGUCCGAGGGGCCACUAAGCUGUACGGGGCCUCUGCUGGUGCUCUGACCGCCUCGGUGCUCGCCAGCCAGGCAUCCAUAACUAAAUGUUGUGAAGAUGUGAUCGAGGUGGCAAAGGAGGCCAGGAAGAGGAACCUGGGCCCCCUUCACCCUUCCUUCAACCUGGUCAAGGUGAUAAAGUCUGGCCUGAAUCGUGACCUGCCCUCUGACGCUCAUGUCCUGGCCUCUGGGCGGCUCUGUGUUUCGCUGACCAGAGUGUCUGACGGGGAGAACAUACUGGUGUCGGAGUUUAACUCCAAAGAGGAGCUCAUCCAGGCGCUGGUCUGUAGCUCUUUCAUUCCCAUCUACUGCGGGCUCAUCCCUCCAUCCUUCAGAGGAGUGCGUUACGUGGACGGAGGGAUCAGCGACAACCUGCCGCAGUCGGAGUUGAAGAACACCAUCACCAUCUCCCCUUUCUCCGGCGAGAGCGACAUCUGUCCCCGUGACAACUCCACCAGCUUCCACGAGCUGCGCUUCACCAACACCAGCAUCCAGAUGAACCUCGGCAACAUGUACCGCCUCAGCAGGGCCCUGUUUCCACCAGAACCCAAGGUUCUGGCUGAAAUGUGUCAGAGUGGCUAUAAGGAUGCUCUACGCUUCCUUGAAGAGAACAAACUGCUGAUGCUGGAGCGUCCAACCUCGGGCCUCGCUCUUGCGGAGAGCCCGCCCAACUGCUGCUGUAAGCACCCGGAAUCCACCAAAGAUUGGGUUCUCCGGAGGCUCCACCUUCUGCGUAAACGCCACUGGUGGCUGGACGAGCAGAUCGUUCUGCCCAUGCCCAUCAAGAAAGUGUUCUGUGAGGCCUGCCAAGACAAACCUGGAUUGUAUGCCAAGGUGUCCGGUAUGCUGCCAAUGAGAGUGGCCUCCUACAUGCUCAUGCCAUACACACUUCCUGUGCAGUCGGCCUACUCAGUGGCUCAAAGGUUUGUGGAGUGGAUUCCAGAGGUGCCAGCUGAUGUGAGCUGGUUGUUUGGGGUGGCAGGUGAUGUGUACCGACAGGCCUGGAAAGGAGAACCAGCCAACUCUAUGAGUGAGCCGUGCCUGAGGAAAUGCUUGAGCGCACCCCCUCUACCUAUGGAGUGUGACAAACCCAUGCACAGAGACAACCUGCCUGCUCUUUCCUCCUUAGACCUCCACGGCAGCUACUGGGAGACCCACAAAUCUACCUCCUCUUCCUCUGACCAUCGUCCCCACAUCGCCCCAUCCUCUCCGCAACAAGUCUGUUUCUUGGUCGGCUCAGAGGAUGAAUCUCACAGCCAUGGACAGCAAUAAGAUGAUUCAGGAUCACCUGCACUUUAAUAAUGAUGUGGUUAGAGUUUCCACUCUCUUUGCGAGGAGCUGGUGAAUCGACUGGUAGUAAAAAAUCUGAAUUUGACAGCCAAUCCCAGGAGCACCAAGUAUAUUAUUGUAUGAAUAUUUUAAUGAGUGCUCUGGAAGACAGUGUACUUAGGAUCAUAGAUGUGUUUUCAGAAAUGUGUCUAUUUUUCAUGUGUCACUACAACGCGACCUACCUGUUUGUUUAAAAAAUACUCAUUUCAGAUUUCUUUGUCUCUCCACAAUGUCUCUCUCUUUUUCUAUCUGUCUUUUUAAACAUGUCUGUUGAUUUUUCACAGUUGUGUGACCUCUCCAGGUGCCAUAUGAUGGCUUUUUAGGUGAAAUGGUGCAACUUCCUGGUGCUUCCUGCAGCAACUGCCAGCCUCAUGUCUUGACAAACUUAAUCUUGCCAGAAAGGGAAGUUAGCAUUUUUCCCCUCAUCUGACCAGUAUUCCCUCAGUGGCUUUGAUAAUAGAAAUGACAAAAAUAAGAAUAAAAUUAGUAAUAAACUAAAGUGUCCUUUAACUGAGAUGAUGUCAAAGACUAAACAGUAUAACUCGAUAUAUUGAAACAAAUUACUGUACCAAAGACUAGUUUUUUCACAAAGCCAACGACAGACCAUAGCCCGACUAUGUUUAGUGUUUAAUCGUUAUAUUUUAUAUUUGUAUCAAACAUAGUGACAUGAGGGGUAUUCAUUUGAUUGAUUGCAAUCUGCAACUUCACCACUAGAUGCUACUGAAUCCUACACACUGGACCUUUAAUUUGCCAAAAUGAAACAACUGAUGUUAGCUGUGAUGAUCUUAAGGGUGCACCCAGUCUUAUCAGAGUACAUGGUCUGACCUUCAACUUGUAAACCUUUUGAUGUCUCUUAUCACUUGAAUGUAAAGUAAUGUAAAUGAAACUGUAAUAUUUAGAGAUUAAACAUUUUUGAAUUGGUAGG